AUGGCGGCCUUCGAAAACUAUGCAAGCCUCGCUCGUAGUCCCGAAGACAUAGCCAGGCUGCGGGAGAAGUGCCGGCUGUGGUCGGGCUUGGUGGAGUGCAUCCACAUCGCCAGCCUGAUGCACGAUGACAUCAUCGACCACAGCGCCACGAGGCGGGGACUCAAGGCGCACCACCUGGUGUUUGGGGAACGGGCCACUCUGUUCGCCGGCGAUUACAUCAUCGCUCGGUCGGCCAAGAAGGUCUAUGAGCUAGGGGACGUCCGGAUGUACCAGAUAUACGCCGCGAUCAUUGAGGACCUCACUAGCGGUGAGGUCUACCAGGCAGAAAAGGGCCGCCCCGCCCCUCGCGACCUGUUUGAGCGCUACCUCUUAAAGUCGCACUUCAAGACCGGCUCCCUCAUCUCCAACGCGCUGCGAGGAGUGGCCCAGCUGCUGCAACUACCUCCGGAGCUGCACCGGCAGCUCUUCAGCCAGGGACAGAAGAUCGGUCUCGUGUUCCAGAUGAUCGACGAUAUCCUCGACUUCGAAGGUGACCCCGCCAUCCUGGGUAAGCCCAUCCUUGGUGACCUGGCGGAGGGAAUCGUCAACCUACCAGCGUACUUCCCACUUACCCAGGGCUCUGAGUCCGCGCAGGAGGUAAUCGCCCUGGCCAUGGAGCAGAAGAAUAUUCCGGCGGAGCAGUGCAAGGAGAUCGCGCGUUUGGUGCGGGAGCAGCGGGGCUGCGAGAAGGCACGGCUGCUGGCAACCAGCCUGGCGGACGAGCUGCUGGAGGAGCUGGACGGGCUGAGCAGGGAAGACGGGACUGGGAUGAAGUUCAUCGUGCGGGGGCUGCUGGGACGGCAGAAGUGA